AGGUCUACCCAACGUCAAGUCACCUUGGCUGCUCCGAUGAAGCCCAUUUUCAACUAAGUGACUACGCCAACAGCUUUACAUGAUCAUGAAAGUGCAGGACGAAGGGUAAUGCAAACCUUGCUGUGAACCGAACGGAUGUUAACAACCUUUGUUUCAACGACCUACUGCACCGCGCGUAGAAUAACCUAUCUGCCACGUAUGUGACAACGUUUCUGCCAGUGAUUGUCUGAUUCACAUAUCCAUCUGAGAACAAAGGGAACUCGUCCGUCUGAUGAUGUGUCAAGUAUAGGAAAGGACAAGCAGACAUCAUCAUAGAGAGAUAGUCAUACGUCGUCGUCCUACCAUAACUACAGUCGGCGCCUCGGCCAUACGGGAUAUUUCAAUCCAACGAUCCCGUACCACUUUACAACUACUGGCUAGUGGUAGCGGCCGUGAACAAGUGAGAGGGAGCCUAAAAUCAACGAACGCUGCCGCAGUCACUUGUCCUAAAGCCUUGAUCCUCCUCAAUGUUUCGCGCGGCCAGUCUCAAGUUUUGACCAGUGACAAGAGCGAAUCUUGUAGAUAACUGGUGUAGUUCCCUUAAAGUCGGUACUGGGGCGUUGAAAACGACUGACAGUUUUUCUCGCAUAAUUAACAAACUCAAAAUGAACCUCAACGUCACUGUGGCUGGUUUUGUCGUUCUCGCACUGAUCCAAGGUGGCGUUAUGGGGCAUAGUGCGGAUUUUGACGUAAAACAGUUCCGUGCGAAUGCAGCCUCUGUUGUGCUCGAUAUGACGAAUUAUUUGAACCUGCUCAGACCUUUCAUUAUGGCUAAGCUCAAUGACUUGCCUGUAUUCGCAGACCAUGCCGAAAGCAUCGUGGAACAAUUUUUCGAGACACUUCCAGAUUAUACGGCUGCUUGUCAUCUAGGCUCCGCAGAGCCCAACUACUCGGUGCAGAAGUUUCUCACUGAUCUGUCUGACAACUUUUCCGCGAUAGCAAAGUACUACGAUGAACUUAAACGGAAAAAUGACGAAUCAUUAAAGACUGAGAGCAAGUGCCUCUCAGAGCAUGUCGUAGAUUUUGUUUUAAAGAACAAGGAUUUCGCUCAGGUGGUGCUUAAAUUGAGGAAAGCCUUUGGUAGGAUUCGCGAUGAGCUGUGAUUUUUCUGCAUUGGAGUAUCCUGCAUCUCUUCAACGGUGAACCAGAAUCUCGAGGCCAGACAGGAAAGCCAGAAGGUGACUUAAGCGCAUUUGAAACUUGUUUUUAUGGCAUACGUUCUGCAGUUAUAAAAUUCCAUAAUAUGCCGGUUAUUUUUAUUUGAUAUAAAUUUCAAGCUAAACGGUAUCCAUUUGGAGCAACAGCUGAAAACUAUUUUUUUGGCGAUUUUAUUAUCGAAAUACAGGCCCUUUUGUUUAAGGCUCAUCGUCUAAAACCGGCUGUACGAUCCAUUAUUGCACCGAUAAAUGCAGCGGCAUUCAGAACAACGAAUACGAAGCCAUUAGUAAAGCUUUCACGUAACAAACAAUAAAAUUAAGUUAACAAAUUUCUUCUGUAUCUCAUAUAGAUAGAAGAAGCUAGUACUUAUUAGAAAUGCCAGUGUACGCACGUUCUAUGUUGUUAUAUUGUGAAUUUUUCGAUUUUACUGCGAAACGGAUAAAUGUACGCUCUAUGUAUUUAUUUACGAUGUGUAAUAGGAGCAUAUGAAAGAAACGAUUACAGAAAAAAAAAAGAACUGUUUAUAAGUUCAAAGCUUAUUUAUUGAGUAAUAAGAACUUCAAUGUGUUAAUAAAUCACUUCGUUUUUG